UGUUUCCUUACGGAAUGUACGUGCUUUUUGAUACGUAGUACGGUACGAACAGUUCACUCACGUUGCCUCUCGCUUACAUUUCGAAAUAUUUCUCUCAUUUGCAUUUUCAUUGUAAACAAACUGGAAUGACCGUGCUCACAACUACCAUCGUAUGAAUAUUUUAGGAACAUCUCAAUUUCUCGUCAAUUUUCCCGGCGCUCAGAACAACUGAGGGUAUGGCAGCAAACCUUCAAACAACAUUCGAACCUCCCAGCUCGGCUAGCUCUGCCAGCUCCAUAAGUGAUUCAAGUGACUUAGGGGAUGUAGGACAAAAUGAAUUUUUUUACGGGUGUCAUGAAUUGCCAGCAUCACCACCUCAAUCUCCGCGCCCACAGUCUCGCACUUCCAUUAAAUCCCCAAGAACAGCGCGGAAACGAACAACCUCUGUCAACCUGUCUCAUAAGAAGACCUCCGCUGAAUCCGUCCUAAGGAGUCACAAGAGAACUAUUUACACAGCAGGGCGGCCUCCAUGGUAUAACUCUGAUGGAGAUUAUGUACGUCCAUUCAUCAUUGGCAUUUGUGGAGGCAGUGCUUCAGGUAAAACCACUGUUGCAACAAAAAUCAUCGAAGAGCUAGAUAUUCACUGGGUGACUCUGCUGAGUAUGGAUUCCUUUUACAAGGUUUUAAAUGAAGAGCAGCAUAAGAAAUCUGCUUUAAAUGAGUACAACUUUGAUCAUCCUGAUGCGUUCGAUUUUGAUUUGUUAUUGCAAACUUUGCAACGUCUCAAAGAUGGCAAAAAUGUCAACGUUCCGGUUUAUAAUUUUGUCACUCACACCAGAGAAAGCAAGACGAAAACAAUGUAUGGUGCUAACGUUAUUAUUUUUGAAGGAAUUCUAGGUUUUUAUAAUAAAGAGGUUUUGAAGAUGCUGGAUUUGAAAAUAUUUGUUGAUACAGAUGCCGAUGUCCGCUUGGCUCGUCGACUUCAGCGAGACAUUGUUGCAAGAGGUCGAGACUUGGAUGGCGUACUUAAACAGUAUUGUACCAUGGUGAAACCAGCUUUCACACACUACAUAGCCCCUGCAAUGGUCCAUGCAGAUAUUAUUGUUCCUCGUGGUGGAGAAAAUGAAGUUGCCAUCGCACUUAUAGUACAACAUGUUCACACACAGCUCCAGUUGCGAGGUUUCAAAGUCAGAGAACAGUUAGCCCUUGCAUACAAUGGUCAGCCUCUGCCAACAUCGUUGUUCCAGUUACCAGAAACUCCGCAGAUCAAGGGACUCCACACUUUUAUCAGGAAUAAGGACACGCCUAGAGAUGAAUUUAUAUUUUACUCCAAAAGACUUAUUCGUUUGGUCAUUGAGUACGCGUUAUCCUUACUUCCCUUUGAGGAGCGAACCAUUGAAACUCCUCAAGGACAAAUCUAUGAAGGAAAACGGUGUGCUAGUGAUAAAAUCUGUGGAGUUUCAAUUUUACGGGCAGGUGAAACGAUGGAACAAGCUGUUCGAGAUGUGUGCAAAGAUAUUCGUAUCGGAAAAAUCUUAAUUCAGACCAACCGAGAAUCUGGAGAGCCAGAGCUUUUUUAUUUAAGGUUACCAAAAGAUAUAAAAGACUAUAAAGUUAUUUUAAUGGAUGCAACAGUUGCGACGGGUGCUGCAGCUAUGAUGGCCAUUAGAGUUUUGUUAGAUCAUGAUGUUCCUGAAGAAAAUAUUCUAGUAGUAUCUCUUUUAAUGGCAGAAUCAGGUGUGCAUACUAUCGCCUAUGCGUUUCCACAAGUCAGAAUUGUAACCUCAGCUAUAGAUCCAGAAAUCAAUGAAAAGUUUUAUGUGUUACCUGGGAUCGGUAACUUUGGAGAUCGUUAUUUCGGGACAGAGCCAACAGACUCUUCCUAACAUCACCUGUUUAUAAAGCAUAACCUUAAGUAUAAUUGAGGUGUUUUUCAAUAUCUCCUCAAAUUUUAUAAGGUAUGUAUCUAAUUUUUCAAUCAUGGAAGUGUUUUGGCAUCAAAAUGAUUGUAAAAUGUCUGAAUUUUAAAGUCAGCAGCUCGUUUCCAAUCUUGAUUUGUUUGCCAGUAUUUUAAUAAACAACUGAUCAAGUUCAUAGUACUAAAGUUUUCAUAAAAUUCUGAGUUUUUCUGAGCUUAAAUUUCGUACUUUUCUUACAAAAAUGAAACUUAUGAAAAAAAUAAACAGCCUUAUCCCUUUAUUUGGUGUUUAAUUACUGCGGGGCUUGUUUUCCGUAAUUAGGACAAGAGAGAGGAAAAACACAAGACUGUUUUUAGCAAUUCUAACAAGUCAAUGAUUCUUGAUUCAUUAGAAGGAAAUGAAUAGAAUAGCGAAUUCCUUUUAUUCCCCCGUCUUACCUAAGUUUAGUCUGAGAACAAAAAAUAAAAAACAGAGGGUUAAAGUCAGGUUUGAUGCCAAAAUAUUCAGAUAAUGUUUUCAAUCUGUAUAAUUGUCUAUGUGCUUAUGAAUACUGUGUCCCAGAAUCGAAAAAUCUUUACCUUGUCUUUUGUGUAAAAGAGAAUGGGUCAGUUUAGUCAUCGAAUAAUGAGUCACGAUUUAAUAUUUCCCAUAGUUUUUAAGUGGAAAUAAGCAAAAAAUUUAUUAAAGUGUUGCAAAAAGAGUCUUGGCGGAGAAAUAUUGCUUCUUCUGUCAAAAACCUUUUUUCAUGAAAAGACAAAUCCUGUUGAUCGGUUAACUCUAAUGAGAAAAAUGGUGGUGGGACAUCUCCUUUACUGUCAUUAAUUGCAUUGUUAAAAUAGUGUCACAAAUAGAUUUUUUCUGUGAUUUAAUAUUAUUCUAUCAAAGAAGGCAGCUGUGAAAUAUGCUUUAUGUCAAAUGGCAGAGAAAAUUAGAAUAUCUGAUUUUGCAUCAGGAUGAAUGGAAAAAUAAAUUAACAGAAACAUCCACGAAGAUAUGCUAAACUGUUAAUUUGCAGCGAUCAGCUUCUAAAGUCCCCUACAUUUGUCCACAUCUCGAAUUUAGAGGUAUCUGAGUUCCUUUUUUUUUUCCUAUUUUAAAUGCAUCUUCCUUCUGGUUACCGUGAUCUCUGAAAAUUAAAAAAAACAUCGUGAAUUCAGUUCCCAUCAUGGCAUAACUGGCCCACUCCUUAUUUUGGCCCUGCUGGCCGAUGAUUGAACGUUUAAAGCUGCCCAAUAAGACAUCAAAAGAAAUGUAUCGAAUGGUUGAGAUAGGGCUGUGUCUUGUCUUAUCGAGCCGAAAUUGUUCCAAUAAUUGGGCUGCUGCUGUCAUUACCUAUUUUCCUUGUGUUCUUCAAGUGUAAGUCUGAACAUCUAUUACUGUUCUGUAUGCGUAUCCUCUCUCAACUUUUCUUUCUUCUGAAUAGAAUAUUAUUUUUGCAAUGAUCUCUCUCACAAAGAGCCCUUGCUAUUUUUCCGCAGUCAAAUGUUCGGUGAAAUUUAAUCGACGGUUCAAUCAUAAGACUAAAUAAGAGAUCUCUAAAUGUCAAUCAAAGAAGUCAAUGUUUUGAUGAAGAAAUUAAUAGAGCAUCAGAUGAAGGGCUCUUGACUUGAUUAUGUGUUUAUAUUCCUUAUUUAUUUUGUUUUUUUACCACUUCUGUGUUUAGUAUUUCUACAAAGCCAAAUCAUCGUUCCUAGUUAUUGAAGGCAUUGCAAGUACUUUUUCUAAGCAAUGUCAAGUUUAUUAUUCAUCUUUCCACUUUUCAUUGCCUAAUAAACAGUACUGCUCAAGUUCAAUCCUGAGUCUCUCUUAGGUUAAUGAACUAAAAGCCAUUUUCAGUCAAUUUAAGUGGGGUGCAGACAACUGUAAAUUUUGCGAUUUCUGCUAUAGCGCUGUGACGCCAAAUUUCAUGUGAUAUGAAGAAAAAUCAGUUGUCCCUUUUUCCCAAAAAUAUAAAUUAGCAGUACUGUUCUUUAGACAUUGAUCAGUUUGUUUAUCACAGUACCUAUCAGUUGUGAUGAUUACUUUACGCCUAACUUAAAGAAUUGUCGAGGCUCAGAUCUAGAGCUCAAAGUUUCAAUUGAAAAACUUGUUUUAGUGAAGAUUUUGCUAUUUUUGCAAGGAUAUGAGUUGAUUUCAGGACAAAAUGGUGUAUUGCAUACAAUCUUGAUGAUUUGAUGUUAAUUUUUAUUGGUUCAUCCUACCACCUCGUUGAGCUUACCCCUUUCUUAGUAUGCAUCUCAUUUCUGUGGGUUUCUGGACUACAGCGUCUAACCUUUUGAUGAAUUCAGCAGGAAUGUAAUGAGUUCUGCAGUAAAAAAAACUUCAUUGCCAUUUUUAAAUUUCUUCCUCUCUCCUUUUCUAAAAAUAUCCUCACUUUGUCUAGUUUUUCGAUUUGUUUUGCUCUUUGUCCUCAAAAAAUGUCCUAAAUGGAUCAUCUCAUUUUCAUGCUGCAAGGAGUGCUCACAAUGCCUUGUGAACAGUCGAAGAAGUCCGCAAAUCACUAAAAUUCUUUGGGUGACUCUUCAGUGCAUUUCAGUCGAAAUUUCCCUCACUGAUCUGUGGAUCACAUGAUCGGGCAUAUUUUGCGUUUCUGGUUUAUGCUGAGUGUGCGAAAUGAGUUCAAUGCAAAAUUACGGGGUACAUUCACUGAAUAUAGUAAAAUGGAGGGUUAGCUCCACCAAAUUGCCUGCAAGCAAUGUUUGUCUCAUGACAGAGCAAAAGUGAGUCAGUUGCAGCUGUCAUAGAAUUGCGUUUUGAUUAUUUAUGCCUUUGGAUGAGUCUAAAACGAAUUUGUCCAAACACUUAAGUCUUUAGAUCCAACGAAUUUUCCACGAGAUAACCCUUGUGAAAACUGAGGCAGAUCAAGUUAUCCAUGUGGAGUGCCUAAGGGCAUCUGUAUUACUGUUAACAGUGGAAUUCCGAACUUCUUCCAGACCUAUCACAUUCUCUUUUGCCAGUGAUUCAAUAUCACAUCCAACUGAGACUUCAGCUUUGCAUGGAGUAUGGAACACUGGGGAAAGUUGUCGUUAAUCCAAAUGAGGUCUUUUUUUUCUCUCAUAUAUAUAAAAACAUAAAUAUUCUUGGAGUCAUUUUAUUCUUCGACACGUACUUCGGUUCUGUGAUAGUUAAUUUAAGUCAAGAGGAAUGAACUUCCAGCACCACUCACAUCUACCGUAGAGGUUGUUCUUGAUAUUUAACCAAAAACUAUUCUCUUAACUGUAGAUUGUAAAGAAUCACCGUAAAAUUACCUGUCUUUUUUAUCGAUUACCUACCUAUCAUCGACUCAAUGUUAGAUUAAGUGUGAAUAUCCUGUGAUUAGAAUAGGUUCUUGUAUUUUUUUACUUAUGAUUGUAAAUGAAGCACUUUGAUACCUGUUACGGCUGUCUAUAAAUUAAGUGGCACUCAAAGAGGGGAAAGCGGUACACAUUUGCAGGGCUUCGCACAGGGGGAGGGAAGGAGAUCUUCACCAUGAUAAAUCCACUCAGGUCAAUCAUCGCGUAUCUUUUGGAAAUCUACUCUUAGGACCAUAGCUAAUCUGUAUUAUGUAGAAUUGAUUACUCUGAAAAUGAUUUCAUAAGAAACGCACAGCAUUUCCUGUUGACCAUAUGCAGUAGGGUCAUGGAACUCGUUCCCAGGAAUAGCUGACCUGUGUAGAUUGGUCUUGCCUUUUACUGCAGAAUGUUAUGCCGUCUUUCCUACUUUUUUUCAACUUAAAAAUUAAUUUAAUUAUAAAUAUGCCGUCUUUCUAUCUCUUGUAUGUUUCCAAUGACCUGCCAGUUUUGACAGCUAAUCAGUUGUGUAGUAUGUGUUAAAGCUGUACGAGUAUGUUCUGUAACUGAAUAUAUUCCUAUUGUAGGAGACUCGCUAAGGACAUUGUGACACAUGUUUUAAAGGGAUUCCAGACAUACGAGACAUGGAGAGGAAGAUGGUCUGAAAAUUUUGAUUUUUAAGAAGAGGUAACUUAUGGGCAACCGUUAAUUGUACAAAUUGACCAAAAAAAUUACUAGUUAUGACAUCAUCCAGCCCCAUCUCACAAAUGUUCUAUAGGUUAAGUCCCGGUCCUCUUUUUUUUCACCAGAAACCGGUUUUUCAAGUGAGUAAAUGGGCUGUUGAUGAAAAUCUUGAGUCCAUUGGAUGAAUACAAUAAUCAGAGGUCUUACAGUCGACCCUUGAGUAUGUAGUUAAAACUUUUAUCCAUCGUAAAAUUUGUCUCGAAGUCAAAAGUAUGGUGAUAUUUCUAUCUCUUAUUUUUGAGUUCAAAGAGAAUCGUGCUUGAGACGCAGCUCUUAAUAGAAUUCUUUUUACUACUGUGUUUAACAAACUUUUAUGAAAGAAAGAAUCAUAUAGAUACUUUUCAAUUUGUUAUAAUAAAUAUUCUACCUUGUCGUAGAAAAA